AUGUCGCUGCUCUCGCUACUCGGCCUGCUGGUCACUUCGGUCACUGCUCCUCCGCAAGGCUCUGAUGAGCUAUGCGUGGGCGUUCAAUCGUGCAUAGUCAACUGUGUCGGAUCGCACACUUUACGCGGCGCCGCCACACCAUCUGCUUUCGAGGUUUUCGCAGGACCAGCGCGAAUGCUGUUCCUUCAACAGCUUCAGAUCUCCAGAAAGGGCUCUCUGGAGCUGCGCUGCGAUACGCAGCACGAUCUGCAAUGGAUUCCGGACUGCACACUUGUCGAAACUCGACUGUCCCCUUCCAAGAUCGAGUACAUUGUCGACAUCAGCGCGAUCCUCGAGAAGCACGUCCAAGGUACCUCCACCGCCAUCGUCGCGGCCAUUGCCGAUUGCUGUGAUCUGAGAUGGAAGACGCGCAUGGACUGGCACCUUGACGCAGAUGACUUUACAGCGACAGCACCAACACUUGUGCUGGACUGUUCGAACGCUUGGAAGCGAUAUACAAGCUAUCUUGACAAGAACUGCAACAAUUUCUUCGCCAAGAGGACCACUUUCAACUGCGAACUGGAUGAGAUGGGCGACACUUGCGGCUUGACGAGAGAGAUCCUUGCCUCUCACGAAUGUCGCUUUGCAGACGGCGCCAGCUCGUCCUAG